AUGUCUCCAUCUCAUCAUCCUUCACCAACAAUUCUACUGCCCCACCUCCCUCCGAAAACCCUUGUCGGCAUCGAUCUAAUCGCAUUUUCUUCGACUGCGAACUUUCAUGGAAUAAGGGAUCUACCAUCCGGGUGGCAUUUCCUGUAUACGGGCACAACCGACAGUUUUUCACUUCGAUGCGGAGCAUGGUUCCACGUAGGCGAUAUCAGCCACGCAGGGAAAGGUGACAGUGAGGCUGCACUUGUGCUGGCGCAAGCGCAACAGCCGGCACCAACCCCAGAAAUUCUCAUCUGGAAAUGGAGUACAGAGUCGGAGUCGCUGUGUUGUCUGGCAGCAAAUAGCGAUGCGGAUCGCCAAGAGGCUAUGCGCUACAAAGCAAACCUCGGCGCGCUCUGGCAAAGCGGCGGCUUGUUCCGGUACAGAAGUCGUGUAUCUCCAGCUAUGCUUUCGAACAAACCCGGUUCUGUGCCAAUUGAAGCACGUCAUACAGAAGAAGAUGAAGAGAUUGAACGAGACGGGCGCAAGGAUUGGCGACAACUCACGAAUCGACUAUCGUCCGAGGUACUGUCGCGCAUUGUUGGCAGUCCGGAAAAAGAUGUAGAUGGUCACCCGCGAUGGAUGGUGACUUCUGGGAGCACUGCCAAUCGUGAUGCGGAUCAUAUUCCGGGUGUUGAUUCGCCGGUCACAACAGAAGAAGAAGGAGGAGGAGGUCAGACCGGCACAAUAAAGACAAUCGAGCGGGAAAAGGAAUUCAAUUUUCUUCCGAUAGAUUUGAAGCGAACGUGGCGGGAGGGCGCUAUUGGACGUGAACGAACGGAAGCCGCUCAAGACAAGUCAUGGGCCCUGGGAGAUAUCGUUUUGAAGAAUUCAAGCCAUGUCUCGGGCGAGAUCACCGUCGAUGAGAGCACAGGAGAGGCGCAACUGCUAGGCGAGAUUCAGUUCACGUUCCUGAUGGUAUUGACGAUGAUGAACUUUUCCUGCCUGCAGCAAUGGAAAAGGCUGCUUGAGCUUGUUUUGACUUCUCGGCGGGCGAUCAUUGAGCGCGAGUCUUUUGUGAGUGAGGUAGUUCGCAUACUGCUACGGCAGCUUCAACGGUGCGACGAUGUUGAGGGUGGGCUUUUCGAGAUGGAUGGUGACGAGGGAGGGGAGUUUAUUCGCAAUCUUCUUACGAAACUGCGUCGCUCAAUUGACGAUAUGGUGCCAAAAGGGACCAAGUCGAUGGUCAGAACUGAGCUGGACAAACUGCAAACGUGGGUCAAGGAGGAGUAUGAUUGGGAGCUUAACCGCGAAUCAAUUGUAAGGCGCGGUAUGCUGCAGUUGGAGGACGGAGAAGAGGUUGAAAUGGAAAUGGCAGAUAAUGACGCUGACGAGGAGACGGGGGAAUACGCACCAAUGGUGGUUGAUCUCGGUGAGCAUAACACAUUGUUGGAUGAGCAAAGGCUUGACCACGAUGACGCCUCUGAUCUUGAUGACGCAAGAUAUUGA